AUGACCGACACAAAGGCUGACCAGAUUCAGCUUGAAAAUGCCCCGAGCAUGGCUCGCCCCUCGGAAACAGCCGACUACGACGCUGGCGACUCUACGAGCUACCAUGACUCCUACAGACUGUCUAUUCGGACCUACAUGGUCUUGACUACGAUGGCCUUUGCUUGGGGCACCUGCACCAUGGCAAACAUCGGCCCUUCAACCACAUACAGCUACGCUGUCGCCGAGGUGGGUGGCGAGUCGAUCUCGACAUGGAUCCCCAAUGCGAGCCUCUUCCCUAUCAUCGGACUCCAGCCGAUCUGGGGCUCUCUCGCCGAUCGCUUCGGCAAGAAGUGGUUCAUCUUCUCGGGUGGUGUUGCAGGCGUCAUUGGCAACGUCGUUGCCGGCACUGCCAGCUCUACAGAAGUGAUCAUCGUUGGCCAAGCUAUUAAUGGUCUCGGUUCUUCUCUUUAUUUACUUGUCAUCCCUACGAGUAUGGAAAUCGUCCCGGCAUCGCAUCGUAGUUUUGCCCAGGGGUUCAUGGGCUCGGUGAACGGUCUCAUCUCGAUCAUGAUACUAUUAGCUUCUGGCGCGUUUGCCAAAUCUUCAACCUCUGGCUGGCGUUGGGUAUACUACUUCAACGCCAUCUUCUUCGGCAUCGUAGCGGUCUCUCUCUUGGUGUUCUACCACCCCCCACCGACUACAUUGCGCCGCACGAACACUACUAGUGAAGCCCUCAAGUCUAUUGACUUCGCCGGUGUGGCCAUGUUCCUUUGUGGCAUCAUUUCCAUUGUAGUGGCUUUGAAUUGGGGUGGUCACGCAUAUCCUUGGGACAAUUCUCGAGUCAUUGCUCUAUUGGCUCUCGGAUCCCUCUUCCUCAUCGGGUUCGGCGUCUAUGGUAUUUGGGCUCACAUUGGGACAGAGAAAUGGGGCCUCAGCGACGGCCUCCUCGAUCACCGUUUUUUUCAUGAACGAAACUAUCCACUCAUACUAUGCGUCGCCUUUGUGGAUGGUAUGCUCCUUUACGGCGUCAAUUCUUUCCUCCCUCAGCAGGUUGGCGGAUUAUUUACCCACGACCCCAUCAUGGUCAGCGUAUAUCUGCUACCGCUGAACCUAUGCGUGAUCGGCGGGAUCAUGUCUUCGGCUUACAUCCUCGGGGUUUUUAAGCACUACCGCAUUCUUCUCGUCUCUUCUCUCAUAGUCAUCGCAGUCUUCUGUGGACUCUUGGCUCUUGUAAACGCCCAUCGAGCUGCCAUGCUCCUAGUCUUCACGGGGUUUAUCGGACUGGGAGUUGGAGUUACCACAGCUCUUCCGAAUGUUGUUCUAACAUAUGCGGUACCACCACACUUGAUUGGCACGGCAGGAACUUUGCUGGCCUCUUGCAGAGGUCUUGGUGGUACCAUUGGCAUCACCAUCUUCUCCACAAUCAAUGGGAAUUACAUGUCGAGCCAUCGCAUUCCCGACGUUACACGGGCUGUUAUCAACGCUGGGCUUCCAAGAUCAUCUGCCGAAGAGCUCGUUACUGCUUUCUUAGCCGGCAACAGUUCUGCCCUGGCCAGCAUUUCUGGUGCCACACCUUCGGUCAUAAGUGCAGCUGAGCAUGCUCUCGAGGAAGUCACUGCGGAAUCUUUCAAAUUCGUGUGGAUUGCGAAUACUGUUGUUGCAGUUGUCACAGUUAUUUUCACAUGUUUCCUUCAGUCUGUCGCCCACCAUAUGACCAGCCAUGUUGAGGCACCUCUUGAGAAAGGUAAACUGCGCGACAAUACUAUGGCCAAGGAUAUGAAAGAUUAG